ACGGGGGAAAAAAUCUAGUGCAAUGGCCCUUUAAAACUUCUGACAAAAGCCCAUAUGAUCCCCGAGCUCCAAUCACCAAUUCCUACUGCAAAAGCAGCCUCUGCAUUUUUGUCUGUCUGAAUGCUGCUAGCACGGCGAAAAAAAAAGAAGAAGAAAAAAAACAGUGAAGGGAAGGAUAACUGAAGAAAUGUGAAAAUCCAACGUACUAUUACAUGGCGAGCGGAAGCCCUGGGCAAAUGGAGGUUUUCGCGGACUCUUUCGAUGCUAGAGACCUCGGAUCAAAAUGCCGAUGCCGACGAGGACUUCCCUGAGCAGAAUUUGCUGGACAUACAGAAACUCUGCAGUAAACACCAGCUGUCCUCCCUUGCUCUACUAAAACCAUUGGAAAGUGGACUGCUGACUUCCCCUCUGCCAAGUUCUUUCUGCUGGAGGAUGCAGUGCUGCACUUUACUCGUUUAAUGGACAGGUUGAACGAACGGCAUCUCUACCAGCCUCCCCUGUGCGACGUGGACCUUGUACUGGUGUCCCGUUGUACAUUUUCCGCCCACAAGUGCGUGCUGGAUGAACACAGACCGAACUUCCAGGCCCUCCUCUCCCAGAGUCAACCACUGCACUGCAUAAACCUGGCCUUUGAGGUGCUGAGCAUCCAGAUCCUCAACCUUAUCUAUAUCUCCAUCUUUGGAGUGCUACAAGUGGCCAUUGUGCUCCAGAUGAGUGAUUCCUGCCACAAACUACUCGGCUCCAAUGAGAUGGCUGACACAGACGGGCAGGGCACGGCCUCGUCCAAUCAGAUGUACAAGAUGAAGGAGAUUGAGAAGAUGUACACACAGCAAGGAAAUGGUACUUUCUCAUUCCUUGUAGAGGAUAGUGGGGUCAGUAGGGAAAUUACCCAGACACAUUCAUCUAGCAUCCACUCCAGCCCUCAGGCAAAACACUUCUACAAAAAUGAUGACAGCAGAGGGGGAGUGGCUUGUGGAGGAGGGCGGGGCUUGUGCAAAAUGGAGGGAGGGGCCUGUUUCAAUGAAGCGGGAGCCCAGGAUGGUUCUGUCUCUUUUAACAGAGAGCAGAUUAUUGUGGAGGUCAAUCUUAAUAACCAGACAUUGAAUGUUUCUAAAGGGUCAGACGGAAAGGGCAUCACCUCAAGUACCUCAUCCCUCCGUGUUCACCGUCGCACUAGUCCUCCCGAUGCGGAGGAGGGGAAGGAACAGUCUGAUAAUGAAGAUGUUGACGAGGACAAAGAAGAAUAUGAACAAGGAAAGGAAGAGAUGGAAAAUUGCAGUGAUGAUGAGGAAGAUGAGGAUGAGGAAGAGAACAAGCUCAACAUUCCAGAAACAGGACACACCAGCAUGGGAAGACGGCGUGCCACAAGAAUACUAACUGGCACAGAUGCCGCCAUGAGACAGACACUAAUCGACUCCACACUAGGGGAGGGGAGGAAGAGGAGAAGAGAGCAGGAGAGUCUGGGGCAGAAGGUGAAGCUCGAAGAAAAGCAGCACUUUUCCUGCAAGAAGUGCCCUCGUGUUUUUAACAACCGCUGGUACUUGGAGAAGCACAUGAACGUCACACACAACCGCAUGCAGAUCUGCAAUAAAUGCGGCAAGCGCUUUUUACUGGAGAGCGAGUUGCUGCUACACCAUCAGACAAACUGUGAGAAAAACAUACAGUGCGUGACUUGUGGAAAAGCCUUUAAAAAGCUGUGGUCUUUACAUGAACACAACAAGAUUGUCCACGGAUAUGCCGAGAAGAAGUUCUCUUGUGAAAUCUGUGAAAAGAAAUUCUACACCAUGGCACAUGUCCGGAAACACAUGGUUGCUCAUACUAAGGACAUGCCGUUUACUUGUGAGACGUGUGGGAAGUCCUUCAAACGCAGCAUGUCUCUUAAAGUGCACUCUCUCCAGCACUCUGGAGAAAAGCCCUUCAAGUGUGAGAACUGCAGUGAAAGAUUCCAGUACAAAUACCAGCUGAGGUCACAUAUGAGCAUCCAUAUCGGACACAAGCAGUUCAUGUGCCAGUGGUGUGGGAAAGACUUCAACAUGAAGCAGUACUUUGAUGAACACAUGAAGACCCACACUGGAGAGAAACCAUAUAUCUGUGAGGUCUGUGGAAAGAGCUUCACGAGCCGGCCCAAUAUGAAAAGGCACCGCCGCACUCACACUGGCGAGAAGCCGUACCCCUGUGACGUCUGCGGACAGCGUUUCCGUUUCUCCAACAUGCUCAAAGCCCACAAGGAGAAGUGCUUCCAGGUCAACAACCCCAUGGUAUCUGAUACCACCAACCUUCUGGGACUGGACCCCACGUCAACUGAUAUGGACACACCAGCCAAUCAGUUACCCAGCCACCCCAUGACCCCUCCUGGAGAGGCAUCCAGUCUCCACCAGGUCAAGUCGCUCUCGCUUCCCUUCGUUCACUCUAUCGUAGGUCUUCCCUCUCCCCCGACCCUGUUUUCCACUGAAAGGGUUAACUCCGGUAACAACUAGUUUUUUAAGGUUCCUUUGAUUGUUUAUUGUCUGAAACCCAAAGCUCGCAGUAGCUCCCCGUGAGCUUUUUGAUUCACAUCUGAUGUGAAUCACUCUCAUAUGGGUUUACAAACAUGCUGAGCGAGGUCUAAGACUUCCGGCAGGUGUUUGAACAGUGUGCAACACUGAAUAUUCUUUUUAAACUGUGCAAAUUUUCACUUAUCUUAUUCUCAUAGAGAUAUUUUAUAUACUGUGCAAAUAAGCUUCUCAUUUUACAGAAAGAAAACAAAUGUUCUCUUUUUUUUUUUUUUUUGAUGUUUGAUGUAUUUUUUUGUGAGCUACAGGAUUAGCAGUUAGCACUGCAUUUCUGCACUUCACAUGCUCUCGCCAUGGCCUCCGUGAUUUUGCCAAGUAAGACAUGUUCCCUGGUUCUAAUCCUAA